CAUUUCAGAACCAAAGUACCACCAGGUUUCAGCUCAACAGCCAUUAGUUAUGGACCACUUUGGAGGAGGAAGUUGGACAAUGAUCCCCAACAUCCAAACUCACAGUAAUCCUUCGACACCCUCCAAUCAAGACAAUUUAUUUCUUCAGCAACAGCAAUUUCAACAACAACAGUUCAAUCAACCGCAGCUCUAUCAGCAACAACAGCAGCAGCAACAACAACAGCAGCAGCAGCAACAACAGCAACAGCAGCAGCAACAACAGCAGCAGCAACGGUAUCAACAGCAGAUGCAACAGCAACAAAUGCAGCAACAGAUUCAGCAACAACAACAGCAGCAGCAGCAGCAGCAACAACAACAACAGCACCACCAAUCACUUGCUUCUCACUUCCAUCUUUUACAGUUGGUGGAGAAUUUAGCUGAUACAAUUGAAAAUGGAAAUCGAGAUCAGCACUCAGAUGCAUUGGUAACUGAAUUGAAAAAUCAGUUUGAGAAGUGCCAGCAGCUGUUGACAUCAAUAUCAGGGUCUAUUAGCUCAAGAUCUAUGACAGUUGAGGGACAAAAGCGCAAAAAGGCAGAAUGCGAGCAAAUGCUAAAUCAACGGAGGGAUCUUAUUUCGAGGUACAAAAGUUCGGUUGAGGAGCUUAUUAACUCUGAACUGUAACUGCUACUCGCAUUUUAACCAAGGUAAGAUUAUGCAUUGCAAGUUGUUUCUGGCCUGCCCAAAGAAGUUGAGUUGAAUCUCCUGUCAUUUUGCUUUUAUUCAAUGCGAGUGGAACAACUAAGCAGUGUACUGGAUGCAAUCAAUUUGCAGUUUGUUGUAAUACAUAAUAAUUAAGUGCUCACGAGAAAUCUUUAUUGAUGUUACUGUUGUAAUCACUAUAGCGCCACAAAUGACUGAUCUGAUUGUACUGAGAACAUAAAACGUUUUGGGCCAAAGUUAUGAUAAAGAUUAGUAUUGCCUUCUUAACUGA